AUGUAUGAAACCACAACUGUCAGUUGUCUAACAUAUGCGCAGGACCCAAAUGCCAAAGGUGCAUGUGCUGGCUUGUACCAACAAACAUCAAGUUCCAUAGAGUCUCUAGCUAAUGUAGCAUUCGGAUCUGCAUUGCCAAUCGCAACGUCAAAUUCAAUGCCAACAUUAGUUCCAAUUGGACCAGGUACCGGUUGGGAAGUGGUCCCAGCUCUACACUUAAUGGUGCUACAAUUGUUGAAUUGA